GCGCACGCAUCUCUAAUAAACACACCGCCUCACACGUUUAUAUUAUGAUUCCAAGUCAUAAACAUAAACGAUUGAUUUUUACAACUUCUUGAUUCUUUCUAAAUCUAUAAAUCAGUAAUUAAUAUGAACUCCAAGCGUAGCUCAGCCAAACCUAAACAAAAUUUAGAGGCAUUGCUUAGAUUAGCCGUUGAACAUUCUGGAAAAGAUGAGGAAGCACAAAAUACAAAUUCCAAUCAAACGGAUGAGAAGAGAAUAGAUUUCUUGCAAAGCGCUCUUAGAGCUAUGACGGGAGAUGAUUUUGAAACAGCUUUAUUAAUUCUAAGAACUGAUUCGACAACUAUUGAACAAAAAAUUGAUAGUUUAGACUUAAUAAGAGAUAAGAUCGAUGAUAUUGAUUUAGCAAAUUCGUUUGUAAAAAUCGGAGGCGCCGCCGAAUUAUUGCGGUAUAUUCGCACUCGGGAUAAUAAUCUGAGACCACAAUCCAUUUAUAUAGUUGCUGAAAUGGCUCAGAACAAUGAAUUUUGCCAAAACUAUUUUUAUAACGAACACAUUAUUCCUGUGCUUACAUCAACUAUGAACGAUGCCGACGAGGAUGUGGCUAGAGGCUCCAUUUUUGCCAUAUCAUCAUUGAUACAAAACUUUCCGCCUGGCCUGAAGGAGUUUUUGAGUACAAAGGGAAUUCAAACCCUGGUGUCUUGCUUAAACUCUACUCAUAAAUCGGUUUAUAUAAAGGCUGCUUUUCUUAUUGGAUCUUUAGCUUCUCGUGAGAACUCAAUCCGAGACCACAUAAACAAACAAAAUGCAGUCUCCAUUCUUCUGAAUAACCUUGAGAAUAAGAAUGAAUAUGAUGACAAGUUGGAAGCUACUCUAAGGGCUCUUUCUGCACUCUCAGUGAGCUGCAAAUGGAGCUCUACUCGGGAUCAAAAUGCAAAUGCCGAGAUUAUACUUAAGCAAAUAAUAAAUAAUAAAGCAUUGUUGGAUACUUGUGAGGAGAUGAGCAACUUUUCGCAAAAUAUUUUAAAAAAUAUGACAACGAAAUAAAAUAAAUAAUGAACAUUACAAAUAUAUG